UGCUGGGACUUGUAGUUCGGGCCCCUCCGCGUGGGCGCGGGUGAGAUCCCGAGUGCUGCGCUUGCCGCUGUGGGCUUGCACGUGGGAGGGGCCUGACUACUGGAGCCAUCACUGCUGCCUCUCAUGCCGCUGUACUGUCAGGAAGCUGGACUCCAGCCCAGGCGCUUCAUACAAGAAUGUGGGCAUCCUAAGGGGCAUGGACUUGGUGAGAAGACUGCUCCCCCUCGCUGAAGGCUUAUCCUGCACACCAUGUGAGCCGUGCGUUGUUUCCCAGUUUCUCCCCCGGUCCCCUGGUGACGGCAGCCUGUCUGAUCUUCAAGACUAAUAGGGACUUCUUUUUUGCCAUUUCAUUGUGUUAUGAGGAUUCCCCUCCUGUUCUGACCAGCAUACACAGCAGUAAACUCUGUCUCCUAACACACUCUGCCCUCGCUGCUGAGCGGACAGUGCCGGAGGAAGGUGCCCCCAGCACCACAGGAGACUUGAGUGACAGUCCUCUGGAGCAUCCUCCAAAGAAAGGAAGAGACGGCCAGGACCGGAAGUAGGCGUCAGGAUCAUGCUGUGAGUCUUCAAGGGGAAGUGCCCAAGAACCCUGAACCGGAUCUCGCCCCCAUGUGGGAAACGGAGAGAAUAUUUCCAGCAGCAGGAGCGGUGUGGUGACCCGUUACACUGAUGGCUUCAAAAAGGUGGAGAGAGAAAACCACCUGGCCUUGAAAGUGGGGAGCCAAAUGGCCACAGGGGACCCUGCAGUGCAGCUCUGCCAGGACGAGCCCCAGGGAACAGGCAGUCUCGCGGUGACUGAGGAGAGCCCCGAGAGGGAAGCGGCAAGGGGAUCCCGUCCUCCCACGGAGCGCUGUCCAGAGAACCUUCACCUUAGACUUGGGUCUGACGUCACAGAGCUGGGCUCGCCCUUGGGCCGGGGUGAGGUGACCGGCCACAGCGGCCAGCCGAAAGAACGUUUGGGUCCCUCGGAAUAUAACUGCCAGGACCUUCCCAAAUGGAAGUCACAAUCAGUCAGCUGUAGCCAGCAGGAGGUUCCCACAGAGGAGCAAUCCUGUGCCCGUGGCAGCCGUGGGAAAGCACUCCACCCCGGCCCCAACGGCCAUCCGCGAGAGAAAAUCCACUCGGUGGCGGCGAAGCUGUUCAGAUGUGGUCGGUGUGGCGAGGACUUCGGUCAGAACUCAGAGCUGCUGCUCCACCAGCGAGGCCACACACAAGAGAAGCCCUACAGGUGUGAGCAGUGCGGCAAGGGCUUCACCAGGAGCUCCAGCCUGCUCGUCCACCAGGCCGUGCACACAGACGAGAAGCCCUACAAGUGCGACAAGUGCGGCAAGGGCUUCACCAGGAGCUCCAGCCUGCUCAUCCACCACGCGGUGCACACCGGCGAGAAGCCCUACAAGUGCGACAGGUGCGCCAAGGGCUUCAGCCAGAGCUCCAAGCUGCUCAUCCACCAGCGCGUGCACACCGGGGAGAAGCCCUACGAGUGCGGGGAGUGCGGGAUGAGCUUCAGCCAGCGCUCCAACCUGCACAUCCACCAGCGCGUGCACACCGGCGAGAGGCCCUACAGGUGCGCCGAGUGCGGCAAGGGCUUCAGCCAGAGCUCCAACCUGCACAUCCACCGCUGCGUCCACACCGGCGAGAAGCCCUACCAGUGCUACGAGUGCGGCAAGGGCUUCAGCCAGAGCUCGGACCUGCGCAUCCACCUGCGGGUGCACACCGGCGAGAAGCCCUACCACUGCGGCAAGUGCGGCAAGGGCUUCAGCCAGAGCUCCAAGCUGCUCAUCCACCAGCGCGUGCACACCGGCGAGAAGCCCUACGAGUGCGGGCAGUGCGGCAAGGGCUUCAGCCAGAGCUCCAACCUGCACAUCCACCAGCGCGUGCACAGGAAGGAGCCCCGCUAAGGACAGGAGCUGGCGCGUGGACCGGAAGGACUGCGUUCUUCACCUCACUCUUCCUCGUGCUCCAGAGGGGAGAGAGGGAGGAAGGGUCGCUCAGAUAAGUUCCUUCACGGAAACAAAACCAUUCACUCACUCACUCACUCAUUGUUCUAAGUACCAGGCACUUUAUUAUGCUGCACACCUGUGGAUCUCCCUGGACCCUCAGCUAGGUAGAGUGACAGCAUCCGUACCUUACAAUUUGGUCUGUUUGGAACCGUACGUUCUACCCAGUGUUGCCAACAAGGAGAGCUUGGUAUCUGUCCAAGCAGGGCAUGUCUGCCCUUAUCCACGUUACCUGAGAAGUUGCAAUCGGAUUUCUCCUCAGAUCGGGUGCCUUGUGUUCUUGGUGUUUUCUGAGACAACAUCUGGUUUUUCCGUUUUUGGCCUAGGAUGUAUGGGAGAAAACUGCAGAGGCUGUGGAAAUCUCUUGUUUAUUGCAAUACUGCACCGCGGUCUGUGGCCACACAGCAAGGAGGUGGAAAAGGCCACUUCCGUACACUACUUCUAAUGGGACAUGGAGUGCCCCUCCCCCCAGGCAGCUGUUCAGAAAUACAGGUAGUUCUUUUUCAUGGGUACAAGCUAGUUUAUUGGGAAAUUUUCUAAUCUCCCCACCUCAUACGUGCUCCCCACACACACCAUGCUGAAACAUGGCAAAUGAAGUUGAUUUUAUUUAAAUAUAUUUAAUGCCCCUCCCAGCACUUCCGCAUCCAGUUGUCUUAAUUUAUUUCACCACCCCAUGCCCUGAGCAAAACAAAGAACUCCGGCAUUUUUCUUUCUGAGUGUUCUUUAAUGUCUCACGUACAGUGCCCUAAAAACGUCAUUUGUUUUACCCACUCCUUAGACCUCACUAUAGACAACUAAUUUCUUUCUGUUAUUUUUGUAUUUGCUUAAUAAUAUGUCACAUGAAAGUAGCUACAUAGAUGUUUUUAGCCACAUUUGGAGAAUAUAUUGAGAAGAGGACUAAAAACAUGUGCCCUAUCACUUACUUCCCUCGGGGUGUGGAUGGCAUUGGUGUGGCUAUAGGACCCCCCACAGCAAGGCAUUCGGCCUGUGGGAGUUAACACGGAACUGACUGCCAUCAUGUAACUACACAGGAAGUUACCGUGCAGUGGGCUGCUAAUUGCAACUCAUGACUGCUCACGCAGUGCUGCUUAAAGACCCCAGUUCGCUCCCAUAACUAGUCUCCCUGUUUUAAAAGAACCAGGUAGGACACAUGUCUACUAGCUCAGGAAGGUGGAGUUGUAGCGGAUGCCCAGACUAAGGGUGAUCUGAAGCACGUAGCGCUAAGGACGUACCAGGUCACCAACUCCAGGGAAGCAGUUACUCCCAGAAAAAGGAAUGAAGGAGGGAAGCAGGGUGCGUGACACACAUCUGCUUUCCUUCGAGAGAGACUCUUGGACUGGCUCCAGCCCUGAACAGUCUGUGGGGGAACGAUUCUGGGUGGUGGCUUAGCAUCUGCCUUGGGCUCUGCAGAGUAGCCUUUGUUCAGGCAGCACCACAAGUGCUUUGUGGAUGAGGUCUCAGAUUCCAGCCGCCCUCUGAAGACAUGAUGGCUUUGACUUCCCUGUCACACCGGCCUUCGAAUUGAUUAACGUGAUCUAACUGGAAUUGGGAGCCAUGUCAAGUAUAAAGAACCCGUGGACACAGAGGCCACGGCAUAGGGCUGAAGUCAGUCCCAGACAUAAAACUGUUUUUCCAGAUUUCCUUUUAUAUGUAAUUUUGAGUCAUCAAAUUUUUGUUUUAAGAUUUGUUUGUUUAUUUGAAAGGCGGAGUUACAGAGAGGCAGAGGCUGAGACAAGUCUUCCAUCUGCUGGUUCACUCCCCAGAUGGCCGCAAUGACCAGGGCUGGGCCAGACCAAAGCAAGGAGCUUCAUCCAGGUCUUCCAUGUGGGUGUGGGGGCCCACCCACACUUGGGCCAUCUUCCACUGCUUUUCCCAGGCCAUUAGCAGGGAGCUGGGUCAGAAGUGGAGCAGCUGGAGCUUGAACCAGCACGCUUAUCACCAGCCCUGAGUUGUUAAUGUUUUAACUAUUUUAACUAGCUAUUGCUGUUCUCUCUUAGGCAUUAUCUUCCUUUCUUUAAAUUUAUAUUUUAAAAGAUUCAUUUUUAUUUGAAAGGCAGAGAGAGGGAGAGAUUUAUCUUCCAGUCACUGGUUCACUUCCCAAAUGGCCACAACAGCCAGGGCUGGGCCAGGCCAAAGCCAGGAGCCUGGAACUCCAUCUGGGUCUCUCACAUGUGUAGAGUGGGCCUGAGUACCCAGGCCAACUUCCACUACUUUCCCAGGUGCAUUAGCAGAGAGCUGGAUGGGAACCAAAGCAACUAGGAUGCUAUCCAGUGCUCAAUACAGGAUGCCAGCAUUCCACGCAGCGGUUUAACCAUCUGUGCCAUAACUCCCGUCGUAUUAUCUUCCUUAAUUCAGUUGAUAUAAUCUGUGUGCUUAGGGAACAUGUCACUGGUUGUGGGAAGGAAGUUGGAGGAAAAGACUAAAUCUAAAAAAGAGGGACUUGUGUGUGCAAAUGCACACAGAAGGAACAAUGGCAAGCCAUUUGGAAAACAAUGUGGCUGUUCUUACAAAGUGAGACACUUAGCUCACAGCAUGGCAAACCCACUCCACAGUGUCUACUCCAGUAGGGGAAACGCUCCCAUCCACAGCCUUUACACAAGGGCUCAUGGUUUACUCUAAUAGCCAUAACCUUCAGAAUGGACACAACCUGAGUUGUGAAAGUGAAAGUGAAAACAGAUUGCAGGGGCUGCUGUGGUGGCCCCACAGUUACCCUGCUGCCUGCAAUGCCAGCAUCCCCUAUCAGAGCACCGGUUCAAGUCCCAGCUAGUCCGUGUCUGAGCCGCUCCCUGCUAACAAGCCCGGGAAAGCAGUGGAAGAUGGCCCAAGUACUUGGGUCCCUGCUACCUACAUGGGAUACCUGGAUGGAGUUCCUGGCUCUUAGCUUCAGCUGGGCCCAGCCCUGGCUGUUGCAGACAUUUGGAGAAUAAACCAGCAAAUGGAAGAUCUCUUCUCUGUUUCUCCAUGUCUCUCUCUCCCUUUCUCUUUCUGCCUUGCAAAUAAGAUGAAUAUAAACAAAAUUUUAAAAAAAGAUGAAGAAAAGCAAAGAAAUGGGCAAAGUAUUUCAGGCAAAAGCAAAAGCCCUAUUGGUAUUACAAUGGAGUCUCAGGCUUAAUCCUCAACUUUAUGACAUGAAAAAACCAGAUAUCAUAUGAUAAAUAGCAAAAUUAGUUAAGAAGACAAGUCAUAUUGUUACACACCUAAAUACAAAAUCAACUGCUACCUUAGUGAUAUAAAGCAAACUACUGAAUAAGGCAAGAUACCUCUUCAACUUAUGACAGGUGGAAGAAAUAAAAAUAAGCAAAGGUAACUCUCAAGUGGUAUACUACAGAAAAUAUUUUAUUCUAAAAUAAUACUGAGGGAAAAUUUGCAAAAUUUGCUGCACUAUUAAUGAUAUCUAAAAUUUAAUGUUGUUUAUUUUCAUUUGAAAGCAGAGAAUCUUCCACCCACUGAUUCACUCCCCAAAGGCUGGAGCCUGAAGCCAGGUCCAAGUCUCCCGUUAAGUGGCAGUGACCCAAGCAUCUGAGACAUUGUCUGCUGCUUCCAGGGUGCACUUAGCAGGAAGCCAGACCAGAAGCCGGGACUCCAGCCAGGCAUUCUGAUACGGGAUACAGGCAUCCCAGCAGCCCUUUAACUGCUGCACCCGACGCCUGCUCCUCAGUCAUAUUGAUUCUAUGCCAAAUGGGUUUCUAAAUAGUUUAAACAUAACCUAAUAAUUUCCAAUAAACAUGUAAAAUAGGUACUACCAUUGUCCAAAAAGAAGGCAUAAGAAAACUAAAGUAAAAAAGCUAAGCAACAUGUUGAAGGUGGGAAUCAGGUCAUCUGACAACAUUUUCAUCAUUAGAUCAUAUGCUGGUCACCAAGAAAUUCUAGAAGUAAGACAUUGUUAGAAGUAAAUUUUGUGACACUAUAUCCUCAAUUAUGAACUAUAAAAGCAAAGGAGUAGAUUACCUAGGAUAUAGACUAAAAAGAAGAAAUUAUGCCCUAAGUAAAAUUUCAGGCCUUAGGUAGAUAUAAAAAUCCAAGUAAGGGACCAGCAUUGUGGUGUAGCAAGUAAAGCCACCACCUGCAACGCUAGCACCCCAUAUGGGUGCCACUUCCAAUGCCUGCUGCUCCACUUCUGAUCCAGCUCUCUGCUAUGGCCUGGGAAAGCAGCAGAACAUGGCCCAAGUCCUUGGGCCCCUGCACCCACGUGGAAGACCUGGAAGAAGCUCCUGGCUUCAGCCUGACCCAGCUCUGGCUGCUGCAGCCAAUUGGGGAGUGAACAAGUGGAUGAAGUUCUCUCUCUAACUCUUUCAAAUAAAUAAAUAAAUCUUAAAUAUAUACAUAUAUAUACAUACACACAUUAGGAAUAUUGCCGAAGUUGAACAAUUUACAGAACUCUAAAAAUUGAAUUCGUUAGUACAUUGCUUUAAGAUUUUUCCUAGGGUCGGUGCUGUGGCGUAGCAGGUAAAGCUACCACCUGUAGUGCCCACAUCCCAUAUGAGUGCCAGUUCAAGUCCCAGCUAUUCCACUUCCAAUCCAGCUUUCUGCUAUGGCCUGGGAAAGCAGUAAAAAACGGCCCAACAAAGGAAGACCUUUCUCUCUGUCUCUCUCUCUCUCACUGUCCACUCUGCCUGUCAAAAAUAAAAAUAAAUAAAUUAAAUUAAAUUAAAAAAAACAGCCCAACAAAGGAAGACCUUUCUCUCUGUCUCUCUCUCACUGUCCACUCUGCCUGUCAAAAAGCUCCUGGCUUCAGAUCAGCUCAGCUCUGGCCAUUGUGGCCAUCUGGAGAGUGAACCAGUGGAUGGAAGCCUUCUCUCUGUCUCUACCUCUCUAACUCCUUCAGAUAAAAUACAUCUAAAAAAUAAAAAAAAAAAAAAGUGACCCAUAACACUUCAUUUAUUGUCUCAGGCUCCACAGUUUUUCUCCCAUAUGAGACAGAGAUAAGCCUUAUAAAGGCUGAACACCCCUAAUCCAAAAAUCCUCCAAAAAAACAUUUUUGAAGGCCAACACGUUGCCAGAAGUGGAGAAUCCCACACCUGACCUUGUGACAGAUCACAGAGGGAUCACUGGCGUAAUACCCAUCAUGUACAAUCACUGGGACAGGCACUGUGGCACAGCAGCACAACACCAGGAUCCACGUGCAGUGCUGCUUCGAGUCCCAGCUGCUCCACUUCCAAUCCAGCUCCCUGCUAAUGGCCUGGGACAGCAGCGGAAGGUGGCCCAAGUGCUUGAGCCUCUGCCACCCACAUGGGAAACUCAAACUUUGGCCUGGCCCAGCCCCUGCCAUUAUGGCUAUUUGGGGAGUGAACGAGAGAAAGGAAGUGUUUGCUAGCUUGCUCGCUCUCAUCACUUGGGACACCCACACCCCAUAAAGGAAUUCCUGGCUAUGAGUCCCAUCUCUGCCUUCCAUGCCAGCUUCUUACGAAUGCACAUUCUAGGACACAGCAGGUGACACCUGUGAGGGGCUGAAUCAAGUUCCCAUCUCCUAGUUCAGCCUGGCCCAGCCCUGGCUGUUGUGGGCACUUGAGGAGUGAACCAGCUUGACUGGAGCAUGCAGGCCCUCUCUCUUCCUCUGUCUUUAAAAUAUCUUGUUCUUAAAAAGAGGUCUAAGAAGGCUGGCACCGCGGCUCAAUAGGCUAAUCCUCCACCUAUGGUGCAGCAGCCAUUGGGGGGUGAACCAACAGAAAAAGGAAGGCCUUUCUCCCUGUGUCUCUCUCACUGUCCACUCUGCCUGUCAAAAAAAAAAAAAAAAAGAGGUCUAAGACACUGAAGAGUAUAUACAGGUGGUAAACAAGGACAUGGAAAGAUAUUCAAUAUCAGCCACUAGGGAAGUAUAAAUUAAAGCCACAUUUGUGGGGUGGGCAUUUAGCAGAUUGAGCCACUGCCUGGGAUGCCCUCAUCCCAUAUCAGAGUAGCUGGUUCCAGUCCUGGUUACUCCAUGCUUCUGAUCCAGCUUCUGCUAAUCCACCUGGGAGGCGGCAGAUAACAGCCACAAACUUGGGUUUCUGUCACCCACCCGGGAGACCCAAAUGGAGCUUCAGCCCGGCCUAGUCCUGGCUGUUGCAGACAUUUGGGGAGUAAAUCUGUGGAUAGAAUCUCUCUCUCGCUUUCGGCCGGAGCCGCCAUCUUCCAGUAAUUCGCCAAGAUGACGAACACAAAGGGAAAGAGGCGAGGUACCCGGUACAUGUUCUCCAGGCCUUUCAGAAAACAUGGAGUUGUUCCUUUGGCCACAUACAUGCGCAUUUACAAGAAAGGUGACAUUGUGGACAUCAAGGGAAUGGGUACUGUUCAAAAAGGAAUGCCCCAUAAAUGUUACCAUGGAAAAACUGGAAGAGUCUACAAUGUUACCCAGCAUGCUGUUGGCAUUGUUGUAAACAAACAAGUGAAAGGCAAGAUUCUUGCCAAGAGAAUAAAUGUGCGUAUUGAACACAUUAAGCACUCUAAGAGCAGAGAUAGCUUCUUGAAACGUGUGAAGGAAAAUGAUCAGAAGAAGAAGGAAGCCAAAGAGAAGGGUACCUGGGUUCAACUAAAGCGUCAGCCUGCUCCACCCAGAGAAGCCCACUUUGUCAGAACCAAUGGAAAGGAGCCUGAGUUGCUGGAACCCAUUCCUUAUGAAUUCAUGGCAUGAUAAAUGUAAGAUAAAUAAAUAAGACCUAAUUGAAAAAAAAAAAAAA